UGGGUAGUUGUCGUUUUUCGAUCUUGAAGUUGAAACACUUCAAAAUGUAUCCAAAGGUGAAAGUAAGGGCAUCUGAACAAGAGGAUCGUCUUUCACCGCAAAAUGACCGCAAAGCCGAGCUGUUUUUCACAUCGCCAGAAUUUAUAUCCAUGGAAGCAAAGGAGAACAGAAGCAGUUCACCGCUCCCAAUAGUCAGAAUCUUGAAAGCUCAUGCACUAGAAGAACACUCAACGAAGCAAUUGAGUUCUGCAUCCAAAGUGGAGAACAACAGACGACCACUUGUCAAGGAUGCUAAACCAAAUGUUAGAGCUUGUUCAGUCCCAAGACCACGUGCUGUCUUAUCUAGUCCUGAUAAUGAUGGAAUGAUUGGAAGUAGAAACGAGUUAAUCAAUGAAAGACGUUCAGCUCUCAAAACUCACAACACAAGAGAAGAGAAAGGACCGGCUCAAACCAAGUUGAUCCCAAUUAGUCAGGUCAAGUCAGUAAAGCCUCUGAACAUGGCAAAGACUUCCGAGAAAACAUUCAAAAGCAAGAGUGGCCAGAAGCAGAGGAAGUUUCAAGAACCUAUUAAGAGAAGCCAAAAAGCAAGUCUUGGAAUUGGGAAAUCAACUUUGGUUUAAAUUGCGUGGAGAGACUUUUAACUUGAUGGAUUUUAAUUUUAUGUGUCAAAUGAUUCGUUUACUUGCUGGUUUUAUUUUUUUUAUCCUCACGUUUGUUGUGAAAUGUAUAUACAUAUUUAAAGAU